AAUAGUAGCCACAUGUGCUCUUUCUUGCACAUUGUAUAUGAAGAUCUGGUUCGCUUCUCACUUCUCUCUCGAAGUCAAAACUUUCCUUCCCUAUUGAAACAUAACUAAAAAAAAAAAACACAAUGUCUAUUCAAAUCUCAUUUACAAUCCUAUCUCUCGCGAUCCUCUCGGUCUUACUAGCUUCCUGCGGCGUCACGGCGAAGGUGGUUGAUCAGAACCUAGCGGAAUGGAAGAUGUUCGAGCGGUGGCUUGUGGAGAACCACAAGAACUACAACGGUCUAGGAGAUGAGAAGGAUAAGCGGUUCCAGAUCUUCAUGGACAACGCGAGGUUCGUGCAAGAGCACAACUCUGCCCCGAACCAGAGCUACCAACUCGGGUUGACCCGGUUCGCUGAUCUGACCAACGAAGAGUUUCGAGCCGUUUACUUGAGGAAGAAGAUGGAGAGGAGGACUAGGGUUCCGGUGGAGUCAGAGAGGUAUCUACACAAGGUUGGAGAUAGCUUGCCUGAUGAAGUUGACUGGAGAGCCAAAGGUGCCGUUGUUCCCGUCAGAGAUCAAGGAGAAUGUGGAAGUAGUUGGGCGUUUUCGACGACUGGAGCGAUUGAAGGAAUGCACCAGAUCAAGACAGGGGAGUUAGUACCUCUGUCGGCGCAAGAACUUAUUGAUUGUGACAAAAAUUACAAUGAGGGAUGUGGUGGUGGUCUCAUGGACGCGGCUUUUAUCUUCAUUAUUGACAAUGGUGGUCUUGACACAGAGGAAGAUUACCCUUACACGGCCACUGAUACUAACAGAUGCAAUUCCGACAAGAAGAACACUCACGUUGUUACAAUCGAUGGUUAUGAGGAUGUUCCUUGGAACGACGAGAAGUCUUUGAAGAAAGCUGUUGCUCAUCAACCUGUUAGUGUUGCAAUUGAAGCCGGUGGACGAGAAUUCCAGCUUUACAAAUCAGGUGUGUUCACAGGAGCAUGCGGAACAGCGUUGGACCAUGCUGCGCUAGCUGUGGGAUACGGAACCUCAUCAGAAGGUCAAGACUACUGGAUCAUCCGCGACUCAGUGGGAUCGAACUGGGGAGAGAGCGGAUACAUUAAGCUUCAACGUAACGUCAAUGAUUCGGCAGGGAAAUGUGGUGUGGCGAUGUUGGCUUCUUACCCUACCAGAUCUGUUGUUUGUGACAAGUCUUACAGUUGUCCAGACAAGUCCACUUGUUGUUGUGUCAGUGAGAACAAAGGAAAAUGUGAUAGCUGGGGAUGUUGUCCGUUUGAGUCAGCCAUUUGCUGUGAGAACGGCUCUAGCUGCUGCCCUCAGUUAUACCCUGUCUGUGCGAAGGAUGGUACUUGUAGAAUGAAGGCAAACAGUCCGUUAAGUGUAAAAGCUUUAACCCGAAGCCCAGCGACUGCGACCAGUAAGGCUAGUAACGUGCUUGUGAGCAGCGCUUGAGGAGAGACAAACGAAUAAAGUAACUGUUUAGUGUGUUGAGCUUUGUAGUCCAAGUGUCCUAGAUCAAGUCUUUUGUUUUUGGAAACUUGAAGAUUGGAUCAUAGUUUGAUUUAAUAUUCAAAUGUUAUCUUGGAUUUGA